AUGGAUGUAGAGUUUACAAGUUUCGCCCAAAGUCAGGAUAUACUCGCUACACUCACUCAUCGACAAAUUGAUAUUGCUGUUGAAAGAGAGCCAUGGUUUCAUUUGAUGCUGUGCUUGAAUCUCCUGUUCGCUCCUCAGCGGGCAGUACUGGAUCUCGGGUGUUACCAUCAUUACGAGAAGAGUACACAGAUUUCGCUCAGCUGGGCCCCAUAUCUUUUCCGACACCACUGCCUUGAACUUCAAAUAGGCAUCGAUAUUUGCUUCAUUGGUAGAUUUUUCAAAAUAUUUCGACGACUUUCUUCUUCACCCAGUAUUGCAAAUAUGAAGGAGUUCAUGCAAGUGCUUGGUCUAAUAGAAUUCACCGGUAUGGAUGUCGGUAUGACGGAUAAAGUGGCUUCAUGUUACCGUACAUAUCUGUCACGCUUCCUGCUAAAAGUUGGAUCGCUUAGUAAGGCAGUAUCGUCCUUACCAGUUAACGCUUGCUCCCAGAAUAUUCCUUUCCAUGCUGCAUUAUUCUCAUGGGGUGCUGCUUGCAAGUUACUCGCUCAGCGUCAAAAAUCUGAGCCGCUCUCUAGCGACGAAUGCCUUCUGACUGCAGGCAACGCUUUCGUUGUGCUUCUAGAUGGAUUAGCAGUGCUGAGGAAGAGUUGUGGUUCAGCCGUGCCGUGCUCAUGCGUCCAAUCAAUUCUGUUGGAGUUAUACAAAACCCAGUCCAAUCAGUUACUUCAAAGUAGUUUCCACAUUGUGCAAAGCUUGACUAAAGGCGAAAGUCCAUAUCCACCAAACCAGCGACACGCACUUGGGUCGCUGAUGACAACUUCUGAGAACUUUCUGGUAUUUUUCUCUGAGGUUAUCUCCCACCUUGUUGAUAUUCGAAUGAUUGCUUCUGAUGAGAUUAUGGCGAGAUUUGUCUUGGUGGCAGGAAUGGGAGAUUUGCUAUGCGAUACAGCCCUUCUUCCCACAUGCAAAGUUCUUCUUUCGUUUCUACAGAAGUACAACGUGAAGGGACUUGUGAAAAUAAGGAAAUUCGCUUCAAAGUUUGUCACAAAAAUCCUUCAAACAGUUGAUGCUAUCGAUCUACCUGAACUGGAAAAACUGAGUCGAGGAGAUCCCACGCGAUGGGCAGAAGGUGUGACAAAUUCAUUCAAGUACUGCGCUGCUGAGGAACCGUUGCUUAUAGCGUUCCUGGCGAGACUUCUUUCAGGCGUCAAGCUGCUCAUCAGUGGGUGUGUGCUCCCUUCGAUGCUUUCGAUGCUUCUAGCACUUGUUGCAGGAAUAGAAGAAUGGGAAGAGUUACCCGCGAAAGUCUGUGAAUGGAUCUCGGGAGCCAUUGUGCGUGCUAACGAGACGCAGUGCACCAUGUUCUUUAAUGCUCUUGAUGUGCUUAACUUAGUUGUGAACGAGAGGGACUUUGGAAAGAAAGCAAAUAUAACAAGUACAGUGAUCAACUGUAUGAACUCUCUGCCGUUGCCUGAAAGAAGUAAAGUUUUUGCUACGAGAUUCUCCUCUAUGCUGAGAUAUUCCAAGCAGCUGGCUUCUAUAGAUGUUAAUCGUUUUGUCACGGCGGUAUCAACUCCAGAACUGCUUGGAUUUCUCUACUCGCUCGUAGAUGCUCCUGUUGAAAUUCCUGGUUCUAUAUGGGAUAAAGCAGCAAGCCUUCUUGCAUCGAGACCUGCUGAUGGCAAACUUCGAGAGUUUGUCGUGAAUCAGCUUUCCAUCGGACUGGAGAGUAGAUCACCUCAAUCAAUGUCACGAUUCAAGUCGACUGUAGAAAAGAUGAAUUGUGCACAUCCUGAUGCGGAUUUCUUGUUCGCAUUCUGUAAUGGAGUGCUAGCAAGGUUACCAAAGAUGGACACGAAGAGGUUCACAUCAUUGAUUUGGGAUCACAUUAUGCGAAUGCUGAAUAAUGUAGUCCCUAGUGCGACCAUGGAGUUGUCUCCUGGAAAUUCCGAAGCUUUUGUCACAAAGUUCUUCACGGCUCUUGGAAGUAGUACGGUAUCAGGUGACCUCAUACGAAAGAUAAUAGCGGAUUCCGUGCCGAUUCACUUGGCAAAUCAAAUCGUGGUCUUGCUGAAGAACGAUGAUAGAGAAAUGCAGGUAAAUGUUACUCAACAAUAG